UUGAGUACAGCCUACCAGACACAAGUAGAGCUGAACAGACGCAAUUUACGUAAAAUUUUUGAAGUAAUUUUUUUAAUGGGAAGACAAAACAUCCCAUUGAGAGGCCACGAUGAAUCUAAAGAUUCUCACAACAGAGGAAAUCUGCUGGAAUUUCUUGAAUAUCUGUCACGGUACUGCCCUGACUUAAAACGCCAUUUGGAAGGAAACUUUCACUACGUAAGCCCCAAAAGCCAAAACGACAUGUUGAAACUCAUUGCAUCUAACAUUCAGAAGAGAAUUACGACAGCUGUCAAACACUGCGGCUUCUUUGGACUAAUAUGUGACGAGUCACAAGACAUAUCAAGGGUAGAACAAAUGUCUGUCAAUGUAAGGUUUGUAACAGACAGCCUGAAUGUAGAGGAGAGGUUUCUUGGAUUUUGGCCUUUAAAAGGUACUGACGGAGAAAGUCUGUUUCAGCAACUGACGCAAGUUUUGCUUGAGACGGGCCUAUCAAUGUCUAUGGUACGGGCACAGUGUUAUGAUGGAGCGUCAAGCAUGUGCGGGAAGCACUCAGGUUUAGCUACCAGGCUUCAGGAGGUCGAGAAGAAAGCUGGAUAUGUGCAUUGCCAUGCCCACAGAUUGAACCUCAGUCUUCAAAACAGCUGCGAGAACGUUACAGAUGUGCGAAACGUUCUAGGUGCUGUUUCCAGUCUCUAUAAUUUACUUGAAGGAUCAGCCAAGAGACAUGAAAAGUUUCAAGAUGUGCAACGAAGACAGAACGAAGGAAAGGGCCCGCAAGCAGUACUCCAACGACCAUGUCAUACUAGGUGGGGUUCCAGGCACGCAGCAGUCCAUACUGUUAGGCAACAGUUUGCAUCAAUUCUGAUUGCUCUGGACGAACUCUCUGACGAUGCUGCGAUCGGAAGUGAAGCUCACUGUUUACUGACUGUUGUAUCUUCAUUCAAUUUUCUCUUCUAUGUGUCCGUUCUAGACACUCUACUAGGAUUAAUCUCUCAUCUAUCCCAGUACCUGCAGGGAGAGAACGUAGAUCUUCAGGCAGCAAAAAGAUCAGCUGAUAGCGUCAUUGCUACUCUACAAAGUUUCAGAACAAAUGAAAGUUUUGAGAAUUUCUGGCAGUCAUCGGAGAAAGAGAGUAAAGCAAAAAACCUGACUCCACCAGCUCUCCUUCGAGCUCGUCGACCUUCUCACCGAAUUGACGAACGAAGCACGACCCAAUAUCAGCCACUGUCACCAAAAGAACGUUAUCGACAAGCAUAUUAUGAAUUAUUGGAUAUCAUGGUAUCAGACCUAACUCGACGCUUUUGUAGCAAAGAUUACCGUGUGUUCUGUGGAAUUGAGAAGUUGUUGUCCGAGUCAGUCUCGUUAUCGGCGCCAGAUCAGUCGCUUGUGAGUGAGAUAUUACACUUUUACACAGGUGACUUUGACAACACUCAGUUCACGUCUGAAAUAAGAGUAUUUUACAAUUAUUCUAAACUGCACUUUUCUAAAGACGUUGUGGAGACCGGCAACAUAGGUGCUCUUGCUCGUCAGUUUGUUUCUCUCCGUUGCACAGAAUUGUUUCCCCAAGUCUUCAAACUGUUCAAGUUGUUUCUCUGCAUUCCUGCUACAUCUUCAACUGCAGAGCGGUCGUUUUCUGCUCUAAGGCGACUAAAAUCAUGGCUGCGAACUAGGAUGGCUGACGAGCGCCUCCGGUCCCUUGCUCUGAUGUGCUUCGAAUGCGACAUUGCUAAGGAACUGGAGAGUAAUAUUGAUGAUCUUGUUUCACAAUUUGGUGCUCUUUGUGACAGACGUCUUCCUCUACAAUAGUUAGUAAACUUUUUGUAAUGUUGAUAUUAAAAAGAAUUUAAUAUAUAUGACGCCAUGAAUUACGUCACAUAUCUCAGCUUCAAAUUUGCGCCCCCCCACUUUUGG